CCCGUUCGCGGCGGGACCGGGCGGGAGGGGGAGGCCGGAAGUGGCGGGGCCGCCAUGGCGGCGCCCGGAGCGCCGGGCCCGGCUCCCGCUGCUCCCCCCACGGUGCUGAUGGCGGUGAGGGCGGAGCUGGCCCAGCCCUGCCGCCUCCUGGCCGGUACCGCUGCCGGGGCCGCGCUCCGCCUGCAGCUCAGCGUGACACCGGGAGACCACGGGAGCCGCCGCUUCCGCCUGGGCCUGAGGGCGGCGGGGGCGGGGGGCGGCGCGCCGCUGGCCGAGUGUGACCUGCGGGACGUUUCCUAUCGCGUGUGCGGCCCCACGAGCCACGAGCUGCAGCUGCUGGCCCUGGGGACAGCGGGGACAGCGGGGACAGGGACAGCAGGGACGGCAGGAGCCCCGGGGACAGCGGGGACAGCAGGGACACAGGGGACACAGGGGACAGCGGGGACGGUGGCACUGCGCUUCCCCGAGGAACGCGAGGCCCAGCAGUGGUGGACGGUGCUGAGCAGCUCCCUCAGAGAGGCACGGAGAGCCACCGAGGGGGACACGGGGACAGCGACGGUGCCACCCCCGGGGGACCCCGAGCAGGACACGGAGGAGGCGCAGAGCCAGCGGCUGGCACAGACAGAGGAGCUGGCCCUGCGUCUGGCCGAGGCCAUCGCGGUUGGUGACACGGCGGGCGCGGCGCAGAGCGCGGUGGCGCUGGCCCGGCAGCAGGUGCAGCUCAGCGUGAGCCCACGGCACGGACACAGCCCCGAGAUCAGCAUGCCGGUGGUGGUGGAGGACGCCACGUCCUCGGCCAGCGUCACCCUGCGGGUGCAGCCCCACAUCACCAUCGGUACCCUCAAGGAACAGGUGCACCUGCAGCUGGGGUUCCCCCCGCAGUGCCAGCGCUGGAUCAUCGGGCAGAGCCUGUGCCGGGACGGGCGCAGCCUCAGCUCCUACGGCAUCCGGCACCACGGGGACCCGGCCUUCCUCUUCCUCCUGCCCGCGGCCACACCUGACCCCCAGGGGCUGCUCAGGGCCCUGGGGAUGGAGACACCUGGGACAGGCCAUGUCCCGGAGCUCCCGGACACCGGGGACAUCCCCGGGGACAUCAGGGACAUCAUUGGUGACAUCAGCGGGGACAUCGUUGGUGACAUCACUGGUGACAUCACUGGUGACAUCACUGGUGACAUCACCAGGGACAUCCAGGCUCCCCUGGACUCGCUGCAGCUCCGGGACAGCGCCGGGGCCCCGCCCACGGCCCCCGAGCCCCGCCCAGCCUCACCUGAGCAGGGCUGGCCGUGUCCCCGGUGUACAUUCCGGAACAAACCCACCCGCCCCGGGUGUGAGAUGUGCAGCUGCCCCCGGCCUGACGGGUACCGCGUUCCCGGGGGGCACCGCCCCGACCCCGCAGAGCAGCAGCGCCUGCAGAGGGAGCGCGACGGGGCCCGGCAGUGCCAGCAGGCCCUGGAAGCCGAGCGCCAGAGGAAUUUCCAGCAGCUGCUGCGGGCGGAGGAGUCGGAUCUGGUUCCGAACCCGGAGCCUCUGGAAUGCGGGAUCUGCCUGCAGGAGGUGCCGGCGGGGCAGGGGGUGCUGCUGCGGGACUGCCUGCACAGCUUCUGCAGGGAGUGCCUGUCGCAGCUGAUCCGUUUCAGUGAGGAGCCGCUGGUGGCCUGUCCCUACCGUGAUGUCACCUACGCGUGUGGCAGCCACCUGCAGGAGCGCGAGAUCCGCGCGCUGCUGUCCCCAGAGGAGCACGCGCAGUUCCUGGCCCGGGGGCUGGCUCUGGCCGAGCGCUGCAGCCGGAACAGUUUCCACUGCGGGGGCCGGGACUGUCCGGGCUGGUGUUUCUACGAGGACGCCGUGAACGAGUUCCCGUGCCCGGUGUGCGGGGCCCUCAACUGCCUCCUGUGCAAGGCCAUCCACGAGGGUCAGAACUGCCGGCAGUACCAGGACGAGCUGCAGCUGCGGGCGCUGGACGACGCCGCGGCGCGACAGACGCGGGACAUGCUGCAGGGCCUGGUGCAGCGGGGGGAGGCGAUGCUGUGCCCCAGCUGCCGCAUCGUGGUGCAGAAGAAGGACGGAUGCGACUGGAUCCGCUGCACCGUGUGCCACACCGAGAUCUGCUGGGUCACCAAGGGACCGCGAUGGGGGACCCGCGGUGAGGGGUCCUGGGGGGGGGGUCCUGGGGACACCAGUGGUGGCUGUCGCUGCAACGUCAACGGGCAGAGGUGCCACCCCCAGUGCCAGAACUGUCACUGA